AUGUCGUCAUCAACAUUUGCUACAGAAAAUAAUAAUUAUGGUUUACCAAAUGAUAUUUUUCAUUAUAAUAAUGAUCAAUUUUAUAACUACAAAUGCGAAAAAAUAUCAAUAGUCAAUUCAAUUAAAAAUCGUGGUGGGCACAUAGGAAAUUAUCAGCUUUAUUUUGCACAACAUCAUAAAAAUCAUAAAGAUAUAAUUAAUUAUUCAAUAGGACAUGUUAAUGAAUUGAAUUUGAGUGAAAAUGAUAUUGAAAUUAUCAUCAAAAAUGCAUUUGAAGCAGUUCAAAAGUAUGUUGCAAUGAUUAUCGACUAUACAGUUGAUAAUAAUAGUUCCGAUGAAGAUUCUGAUGAAGAAAAUUGUUUUGAUGAAAAUGAUGUUUUCAAUGUAUUGAAUAAUGAAGAAUAA